AUGGCGUCAAAUAUCACUCUCAUCGAAAACGCAGAAGCGUCCAAAACCCUCUCCCAACUCCGCGAUCAAUCCAUAAGCUCCGCAGCUGUCCGUCGGCUCGUGAGUGAAUUAACAGCAAACUUGACAAAAUCCGUCAUCACACCCCCAACACCCGAUGAGAGAAUCGCCGUGAUUGUUAUCUUGCGUUCUGGUCUCGCCAUGGCCGACUCCUUCUUGGCUGCCUUCCCCGAAGAUGCGGACACCGUUACAUACCAUCUUGGUCUUUUCCGCGAGAAGGUGUCACUGCGUCCGAUUGAAUACUAUAAUAAGCUUCCAGCAAAGAGCCCAAAAAUUAAGCGGGCUUACAUCCUUGAUCCCCUUGUUGCUACUGGUGGGACUGCGAAGGCUGCAAUUGAUAUCUUGAAGGACUGGGGUGUUGAUCAUAUCACUCUAUUUGCUUUACUUGGAAGCGAAAUCGGUCUGCAGAAGGUUGCGAAUGUAUGGCCGGAAUGUACGGAUGUCUUUGUCGGUGCUAUUGAUAAAGAGCUUGAUGAUAAGGGAUACGUCAAGCCCGGACUUGGAGAUAUUGGGGACCGUCUUUUUGGAACUAGUCUAGGCUAG